AUGACAGUUACCUUCGCUAGAUGCGCGUGCGUCGACGAUGACGUUGCCCUUGUAGGGCGACAGUCGGACGCGGCCGUUCACGUUUUUCUGACUGGCCUCAAGGGCGCUUUGCACGAACUCCCGCUCCCGGAGUUCUACAACCGAUUCGCGGGUCGGUCCGAUCUCCUGAAAUACGCCGCCAAGAAGGGCAUCCCGGUCGUCCAAACAGCCGCCAAGCCCUGGUCAACGGACGAGAACCUGCAUCACAUCUCGUACGAGGCUGGAAUCCUGGAGGAGCCAGACGUGACACCGCCAAAAGACAUGUGGAAGCUUAUGAAGGAUCUCCAGGAGGCCAGUGCGGAUGGCCCGCAAUGUAUCGACCUUACAUUCACUCGAGGGGUGACUAGCGAAUUGGUGGUUUACAAGCCCUCAACCGAACAACGCGAAGUCGUUGGUAAAGCCACCGAUGUCCUAGAUAUCUUUCUCCAACUGAACUCUCUCGCCCGAGCACACGGUAUUGGCCGUAUCGACAUCGUUGAGAAUUGA